GCUGAUCGUCGUUCGUCAGCCGCGCGCCGUGAGUCGACAACACGCACUGCACGAGUUCCAGCAGACGUAUGAGUUGGAAGGACUUUGGUUUCACCUUGUUAUGAAGACAUCUGGUUCGAAGAACCAGGAGAGGUUCUGACAGCGAUGCCGAAGUACUGCUCGGUACCGAACUGCCGGAGCGACGCAGGGAGCAGCGGCCGAAGGAAGAGCUUUUAUAAGUUCCCCCUACAGGACCCGGCGCGGCUGCAGCAGUGGCUGAAGAACAUGAGGCGGGAGAACUGGACCCCUUCUCGACAUCAGUACAUUUGCCACGAACAUUUCGCCCCGUCGUGCUUCAAGGUGCGCUGGGGGAUCCGUUACCUUGACAGUGACGCUGUGCCUACAGUCUUCCAGGUAACCGAGAAACGGAAAGCAAUCAAUCACAGUGAGAAGAAGCCAAAACGCCUCAGAGAUGAAAAUACCCAAAGCCCCAAAGCGUCAGAUGAUGGGACAAAGGCCUCCCACCUGGGAGAAAUGCAUACGAUUCGCUUGGUUGAGUUGGCGGCCGACCCAUUAGAACAAGCAGAAACCAGUUUGAUGGAGUCGAGUGAAAGCCCUCGCCAGACUGAAGUGGACUCGCUAGUAUCCCUUAGUGGAGUAACACCAGAUGUGAAUCUUCCUCUAACGUUGUAUCAGACUGUAGAUGAUCUAAUAAACAGUGGGGAAAGUGCAGAGGUGGUGAUGAUGACUGAAAGCUCUGCGCAGGGUGGACAGGUUGAGCUCGUAAACGGAAUCACCGCUGCCAUUUUGAGUCCCGACGGAAUGCUGGUCCUAAACGAGCUGAUGCUGGAGGCUCCUCCUGGAGUUCAGCAUCUCACUCCCACCUCUGAAGAUUUCCUGCAGGUCCACCAAGGGGAGGAAGUUGUUGCCUAUUUUGAGACGGUACCCAACGUCCUUCCCAGCGGAACGCUGGCCUUCCCGCCCGACACGGUGCUGUCAUCGGCUCUGAGCCCCGAGCCCAUCUCGUCCACUCUGCCCAUCGUCUCCAAACACGUUGCACCUUCAUCACUCGUACUUGCAGUGGAACGGCUGGACAGGGAGGAGGUAGAGGAAGGGGAAGGUAUGUCAGACGCAGAUGAGGCGGAGCAGGAGAAUCACCAGCUGGAGGAGCACUGCUACCAUAAAAACAGUCUGAGUAAGGAGCAGCUGGAGGCAGUCGUGGCUGAGCUGCAGAAAAAGGUGAAGGUUCUGCAGCAGCGCCACCGCCGACACCUGGAGAAGCUCCUGGGGCUGGAGAACACUGUGAGCCAGCUGAGGCAAAGCAACAUGCUCAACGAAGAGCGGCUGCAGCUUCUAGAGAGGGCGUAUUUGCAGACCAGUGCAGCUGUGUCGGAUGGUGGUGAAACUGUGGCCAUCAUCUACGAAGAAGAUGACGCUGCGUAUUUUUACACUCCAGUGAACGAUGCAGGGAUGGCGUUGAAUGUGGACAGCAAAUGACUGUGGUUAUCUUCUGUGUUUCUGUGCCAAAAAAAAAAUCUAAAGGGGUUAAUGUUGUUUAAAUCAAGCAAGCUGUUAUUUCUUUAAAUCAGAAUUUCAUA